GAAGUACUUCCGGAAGGACUGCUUUCCGGAGCUCAGUCUGCGCGAGGCCUUGGCUUGGCUGCUGGCCGUGGCUGAGUCGUCGCCCGAGCUGAUGCGGAGCUUGGGGGCGCCUGAGGGCCUGGACGCCUGCCGAGACGUUUUAGCAGGAGGAACAGUUCCGGCGCCUGAGCAACGCGCUCGAGAAGCUGCAGGAUUACGGCCUUGGGCUGCCUGUGGUGAAGGUUGA